AUGUGCAAUCCUGUGGUAUGGAACCAUGCCAUUAACCACAAAACUGUGAGUGGAAAGGUACUGAACCCUGGGACAAACCUCAGCAAGAUUAUGGCCAUUGCCGGUCCACACCUAAAUGCCAAAGUCUGGCAUCCCUUCAUGAAACUCAGCCCAACACAGAAGCAACGUGCCCAGCGCCUGGAGCAGUGUUUGGCACGUACACUGCUGAAUGAAUUAUCAUUCCCGGGCCCGGGGGUCACGGAGAGGGCUUUUCCUGGGAAUGAAGCGGCUGGCAGAGGAACCCGCUGCACACACCUGGAAGGGAGUGUGUGCCAGCCUUUCUGCAGCGGCGUGGGCGGCGCCCUAAACCCGCGCCUGGCUCUGCCCUUCCCGCCCGCACACGGAGGCCUGGGCGCAGCGUUUGGUGCCAGCGGCAAACUCCGCGCCCCACCUCGGCCGGCCGGAGGGGAAUCCUCCUCCUGCACCUGGAGGCUCCCAUCCUCUCCCUGGCCACGGAGCGAUCGCCGGGAAGCCGCUUCCCCGCCCUCGAAUCCCCGGGACGUGGAGGGAAAAACUCCUUCCCGGCCGGUUCAGGGCAGCGCCUCCGGACGAAGAAGGACCGGACAGCGGAGGGGUCAGCGCCCCCGGACCCCCGGGGAGGACCAGGCGAUGGCUGACGGAGGAGGAGGAGGAGGAGGAGGGUCCAGCCUAGCCGGGGGUCCCUCCAACGCCUGGUGGAAGUCGCUGACGAACAGCAGGAAGAAAUCCAAGGAGGGCAGUGAGGGUCCCCCGCCGACCCCCGGGGAGCCGACGCCCAGCCAGGACCGGCCGGCCUGCCCCCGGGAGAACCAGCACCCCAACUUCAUCGGGGGCGGGGACCCCCACCGGCCCGACAAGGGGUCCGCCGACAAGCCGGCCGGCAGCCGCCGCAACCUGAAGAUCUCCCGCUCCGGACGCUUCAAAGAGAAGAGGAAGGUGCGAGCCACGCUGCUGACCGACGGCCCCGACGAGGUGGAGCCCCCGGUCGCCCCCCGAGAAGAGAGGCCUUAGCCGGCCAGGGGGUCCCAAACCCUCCAGCCACCCCC